AAAAAACCGGGGUUGGGUCAUUGUGUAACCCGGCCCAAUCAUCGUUCUCCAUGUAGUUAAUAUCACUCCUUCUUCACAGAAUCGUUGUUGCUGGUUGUAGCAGUGAAAAUCAAGCAUCAUUCAUGGCGACCGAAGAGGAGAACAAUGAAUUCUACCUGAGAUACUACGUCGGACACAAGGGCAAGUUCGGCCACGAAUUCUUGGAGUUCGAGUUCAGACCCGACGGCAAGCUCCGUUACGCCAACAACUCCAACUACAAAAACGACACCAUCAUCCGCAAGGAGGUUUACCUAACCCCCGCCGUCCUCCGCGAGUGCCGCCGUAUCAUAGCCGAGAGCGAGAUCAUGAAGGAAGAUGAUAACAACUGGCCCGAACCUGACCGGGUCGGGCGGCAGGAGCUUGAGAUUGUGAUGGGGAAUGAGCACAUCUCCUUCACCACCUCCAAGAUUGGCUCUCUUGUGGAUGUUCAGAGCAGUGCUGAUCCUGAAGGGCUUCGUAUCUUUUACUAUCUUGUUCAGGAUUUGAAGUGCUUUGUCUUCUCUCUUAUUUCACUUCACUUCAAGAUCAAGCCUAUAUAAGAUGUUCAUAUUGUUAUGUGUUCAUCCUCUUGUGGAAUGUGUACUUGUUUAACAAUUAUCCUGUUUUGCUAAUGGAGUCUGACGUCUGGUAGAGUGAUAGCUUCAUAAUUGUGAAUAUCACUUGGUUCUGCACUGGUUAUGUGAAUUGGAAAUUUCUGAUUUGAGUAGAUGUCCCUUGUACCAAAACGUUGACCGAAUUGCUUUUAUAUGCAUGGUUUAGCUAUUCUUUCUGA